AUGCAGCGCAACACAACUGGCUCCUCCACCGCUGCUCCGUCACAACGCCAGGGCGGCAGCGCAACCGGCUAUCCUGCUGCUAGCCCUGAGGCCUACACCAGCCCGAAACUGGCCCCCGCAAAUCCCAUGACACCUGUCUUGAACCCAAGAUCAUGUGUCACCUGUCGCCGUCGCAAGGUCCGCUGCGAUAAGCAAAAGCCGUGCUCAAACUGUCGUCGAGCGCAAAUUACUUGCAUCUUCCCCGCACCGGGUCGUGCGCCCCGGCAGACUCGCCCAAAAGAUCCAAAUGCGCCUCCCAAGACGCCUGGUCACCGCGAGGCCGAGCUUAUCCAGAGGUUGAAGAAGCUGGAGGGCAUUGUGGAAGAGCUGAGUGGUCAGAUCGUUGAGCCUGCUGCCAAGUUGCCUACUGCCUCGUCGACGGGGACGGGCUCCCCAGAGAAUCAGUUUGGUAUCGACGGCAUGGUCCAGCGCCACAUGCGCCCAAGUCUUGAUCCAUUCGAUCCAUUCGCAGGUCAAGAUGCCAGUCCCAAGGAGGCAGAAUCCUCUUCUACCCAGACCGGCGCCGGAGGAGGUCGUCCCAAGGAGAAGCAGCCCAAUUUUGGUCGCAUGGUUACAGACGAGGGACGGGGAACCUGCCGCUACGUGAGCAAUGGGUUUUGGUCCCAGCUCAAUGACGAGCUUGACGCGAUUCGGGCAGAGACCCAACGACUUACUGACGAGGAUGAUGACGCGACAGAUUAUGAAGAAACCCCGUCCGAUUCAUUAGCUACCGGAUUGAGUGUUGCCUCGGAUCGUCAUGCAUUCAUCUUGAGUUACCGUUCGGUGGACGUGGACCUCGAAAAAUAUCAUCCGCUUCCUUCUCAUGGCACCUUUCUGUGGUCAGUGUACCAGGAGAACGUAGAGCCUCUUGUGAAGCUUAUGCAUGUCCCGUCUGUCGACUUGACCUUGUGUAAUGCGAGGAGGAACUGCGGCAAGCUGACGCCUGGUGACGAGGCAUUGGUCUUCACAAUCUAUUUCGCCGCAAUCACCUCGCUUGAACCGGAUGACGUGCAAACAAGUUUUGGGGCCACUAAAGAUGACUUGAUAUCGCAGUAUCGCUUCGCAGUGGAACAAUCUCUAGCAAAGGCCAAUUUUCUCGAUACUACGGAUCUUGCCGUACUUCAAGCCUUUACGCUGUUCCUUAUCGUGGUCAGACGCCACGGUGAGAGCCGUUUCUGCUGGGCACUGACCGGCCUCCUGAUUCGUAUCGCGCAGGGUAUGGGCCUUCAUCGAGACGGCACUCAUCUGAAACUGCCACCUUUUGAGACGGAAAUGCGCAGACGACUGUGGUGGCAAAUCCUCCUGCUGGAUCUACGAUCGGGCGAGGAGCUGGGGACAGACAUGGCCGUUAGCGAGCGCUUUUACGAUACCCUAAUGCCAAGUAACAUCAACGAUGCGGAUAUAGGCCCCGAAAGCACAGAAGCCCCCAUCCCCCGCGAAGGCAAAUCCGACAUGGCAGCGUCGCUCAUCAGGACCGAGCUCAGCGGGCUUUCAAGGAGGGUUGUCGCAUCGGCCUCUGCAAUGUCAUCGCUUUGUCCCAUGUCAGAUCAGCCAAGCGUUGCUGAGAGGGAGCGCAUGCUCAUCGAAGUAUAUCAACGUGUCGAAGACAAGUUUCUCCAGCACGUCCUCGACGAGACAGAUCCCCUCUACUGGGUGGCGUCUAUCAUUGCUCGGCUCAUCGUGGCUAAAGCCUGCCUGAUGAUUUACCAACCGAUGCUGUUUCCCGGCUCGGAGGUUGAGCUGUCCGAGGAGAUCCGGCAACGCGUUUUCAUUGCUGCCAUUGAAAUCACCGAGUAUGGUCACAAAAUCAACACCGACCCUCGCUGCAAGCAGUAUCGUUGGCUGUACAAGACGUAUACCAACUGGCAUGCUAUUGCCUUCACCUUGAUCGAGACCUGCCGGCGACCAUGGACGGCGCUUGUUGAGCGCGCGUGGGAAGCCAUCACUGGUUAUGACGUCGAUCCCCUGGAGCUCGCCAAGAAGUCUGACCACGCUGCCGUGUUCUUACCUUUACGGAGACUGUUCGCCAAGGCAAGAAAACACCGCGAAAUGGAAAUCGUCCGACUCCAAGCGAACCAGGACGAGGCUCGUCGACUAGAUUUUGCGGAACGGAUGAACCCGGCUCAAGCCCGGUUCGGACCGGUUCCCGGGGCUGAGAACAAAAUGGAUCAAGUCAGGGAGCACUGGUGGUCACUUAUGCGCACGACAGGGACGAGUUCGAAGCCUCCAUCUACUGGCCGCCCAUGUGCGUCAAAGGAAUCGUCGUCAUUGAGUCGAGCAGGCAAUGAAGGCAAACCCUUUGUUCCCGGCCUCUCUUCCUCAAUAGACCUCUCUACCGCUGCCAUGGAAUACAUGGACGGAGUCAUGUCUCAGCCGAAUCCGAACAUAGCUGAACUCUGGAACUUUAAUCGUCUAGUUGACAAUGAGGUCAACGGAACGGGCUCAGCUGCACCGCAAGCGGCCGUUCCAAACCAGCUUUGCGGUCAAGACACUGCGGGGCACCAAGGCGCUCUUGCAAUGCAGACAGAGCCUCCAAAACAUGAUGAUUUGACAUCGUAUCUGUGGUUUAAUGCCUUUACAGGAAUGAGCAACAAAACCGAUGCUUGGAACGAUGAACCGGAUAUGCUAGGGCAUGACUUUAACUGGCAAGACUGGAGUCAAAGUAUCAGAGGGCUGGAAAUGGAGAGCACACAAACUGGACGAAGGUGGAAAUCGUGA